AUGCCUCAGAACGAGUAUAUCGAAGAGCACAUUAAGCGGCAUGGUCGUCGGUUAGACUACUACGAGCGCAAGCGAAAGCGCGAGGCUCGUGAAGCGCACAAGUCCUCUGCUGUCGCUCAAAAGGCCUUCGGUCUCAAGGCCAAGAUCCUUCAUGCCAAACGCCAUGCUGAGAAGGUACAACUCAAGAAGACACUCAAGGCACACGACGAGCGGAAUGUCAAGCAGAAGGACAACGCAGUCGUGCCCGAGGGUGCCCUCCCUACAUACCUCCUAGACAGGGAGGGGCAAAAAGAUGCCAAAGCCCUUUCUACUGCUAUCAAGGAGAAGCGAAAAGACAAGGCUGCGAAAUAUGCUGUACCACUGCCGAAGGUCAGAGGUAUCGCAGAGGACGAGAUGUUCAAGGUCAUGAGGACUGGAAAGAGCAAGAAGAAAGCGUGGAAGCGCAUGGUUACGAAGGCCACAUUUGUCGGCGAAGGCUUCACGCGGAAACCGGUGAAGAUGGAGAGGUUCGUCCGACCCAUGGCUCUGCGCUAUAAGAAAGCGAACGUUACACAUCCCGAUCUUAAGGCUACAUUCCAGCUACAAAUUCUCGGUGUGAAGAAGAACCCACAGUCACCGAUGUACACUCAGCUCGGGGUGCUUACGAAGGGUACAGUCAUUGAAGUUAACGUUUCCGAGCUGGGCAUGGUUACCGCUGGUGGAAAAGUCGUCUUCGGAAAGUAUGCGCAAAUAACGAACAACCCCGAGAACGACGGAUGCAUCAACGCUGUUCUUUGUGAGUGUCUCUUCACUAUCAAACUGCUUUUUACUAACUCAAUCCCGUAG